UAGGGUAAUUCAUGCCGGAGCUGAUGGAACUGCGUACGCAACUGGAUUAUCUGUUGGAGAAAAAAAUUGUCCGCCCAUUUACAUCACCCUACGCCGCGCCGAUUCUCUUCACCCCAAAGAAGGACGGAGGACUACGGAUGUGUACCGAUUAUCGAGCGCUCAACAUCACCAUCAAUUCCCGUUACCCGAUUCCGCGAGCCGACGAUCUCAUAGACCAACUUCGCGGGGCCAGAAUUUUUUCCAAGAUUGAUCUACGAGGAGGUUACCAUCAGAUUCUUGUCGCCGAAGCUGAUAUUCCGAGGACUGCUUUUCGAACCCGUUACGGAAGUUACGAGUAUAGAGUGAUGCCAUUUGGGCUGACGAACGCACCCUCAACUUUUCAACUAACCAUGAACGAAGUCUUCCGCUCGCUACUGGACAAGUGCGUCAUCGUUUACCUGAAUGACAUCAUGGUGUACAGCAUCUCGCGCGAAUAUAAUUUAACGGACCUGGAAGCAGUUUUUACCCUCUGCAAUCAAGACCAACUCAUCACCAAGGGCUCUAAGUGCGAGUUCUUAAAAGAGGAGCUGGAAUUCCUGGGCCACGUCAUCUCAAUCGAAGGCCUUAAAAUUGACCCGAAAAAGAACGACAAUAUUCGCAACUGGGAACCGCCUACGAACGUUAAGGAGCUACAAAGUUUUAUGGGGUUCGUCAACUACGUGCGCCGCUUUAUCCCUAAAAUGGUGGAGUCAACAGCCCCGUUAACAGACUACUUGCAGAAAGGAGACAUUUUGGGGACUGCCGGCGCAUCCCAAAAUGGUGCUGUACUCGUGGUCGUUGACAGACUCACAAAAAUGGCUCAUUUCGCGCCAUGCCAAACGACGAUCACAGCCGAGCAAACUGCCAAGCUGUUCAUCUCAACCGUCGUUCGCCUGCACGGAAUCUCGACGGCGAUUGUGAGCGAUCAUGACCCCCAAUUCACAUCCAACUUCUGGACAAAAAUGUGGGAACAGUACCGCACACGUCUCCAUCUGUCCAUGACUUACCACCCAAAGAUCGACGGUCAGACUGGACGGACAAAUCAGACCAUGGAGCAGCUGAUACGGACAACCUGUACCAACCCGACCCAAUGGGAAGAUUCCCUUCCUCUAAUCGAGUUCGCGUAUAACAACGUCCCUUCGUCAACGAUUGCCCAAUCACCGUUCUACCUAAAUUACGGUCUAAAUCCCACGACUCCCACUACACGGUUAGUUGAGAGCCUCGCCCCACGAUCGCAACAGUUUAGAUUAUCAUAAUACAAAACAAUAAAACAAAUAUAUGUGU